ACAUACUCGCACACAAUCAGUCAUGAGGACCAGCUGCUCACUCCAUUCCAAGGUCUCUCUCCGGUGCCGUGUGACCUUGUCGCGAGCCAGCAGAAAUGCUCUCCCAAUGUGAAGCAACCGACAUCUCUUGGGUGCUGAAAACCACGCCGGGAAGUCAGUGAAUUUUGUGAUACUUUGUCGCCCCCGCGUGGCCAAACAGCGUCACAUCCCACACGCCCGCCCCCUACCCGAACGCUCUUUUGUCUUCUCAACCCAGAAAAUCUUGCUACAAAGGUCAAGGAACUGCACGCGCACACGAAUCCCGCCGUGUGCGCGUUAAAAGCAGCGGUCGGAAGGAAAUGUGCGACGCGCCCGCCUGGAGGAUUUUUGGUCCACUUUUCGAGGAAGAAGCAGCACAAAGGAGAUCGUUGUUGCCUGGAGAUUGCUCGCCACUGGUGCAGUCGCCCUUUUUCAGACUCGGAGCAUAGCGCGACCGGGGGAGGGCGGGUUUAAGCCCCCACCCCCACAUCGCGCCACAACCCCGCCCCCCCUUCUUCCCAGAUUUCUGCGACCCCCUUCGGUCCAGUCUCCUGCUGACGACACGGCGGCAACAUUACAGUAUUCCUCCGCGUGUGUAAAUGUAACCCCCCCCACCCCCCACAGCGCAUCAAAGCGGCAUUGAACCGGCGAUGGGAGGGAGCUCGGAUGCAGUUUUGCACUUGAAGACCCCCAGAACUGGCUUCGAACGAGACCUGUUGUGGCGCGCACGGAUGACCUCGCAGCAGAUGUUUAGGUGAAAUUCUCUCCCUUCCACGCAGAUCCGGCUGGCCCAGAUCCGCUCCACGUGGAUGGAUCCCACCGUGGGGGGUGCACGCGCGGAACACAAAGCCCGCGCUGGACCGAGCAGCCCGUUCCUCUGAGGGAGAUCCCCCCCCCCCCCCUGCGUUCUGAAACAACCUCUGCACCCGGACUUGGCUUCGGGACCCCUCGCGGAGGACACGAGGACAACUGCGAUGUGAUUCGCGUUCACGCCACAGACCUGCUUUUUUUGGGGGGUGGGGGUGGGAGGGGAUCUUUUUGUUGUUGUUGCUGCUUUUGCUACGGUCCGGAUUGAUCUGCGACGUGAGCCCCUUUUGUGUCCGACGGGGCUCGAAGAGAGAGAGAGGCGGGGUUGGGGGUUGGGGGGUGGGCCGUCGCCAGCCAGCUGCUCCGCGGGGCCCGGGCGGCGAUGGCGGCCGGUCGCCCGCAGCCGCCCGAGAACGGCUUCGCGCCGCUCGAUCAGCCGGCGCCCAGGCUGCUGCCGCACGUCGACGCCUCGGUUCUGCCGUCCCUGGGGGGGUUCGGCAGGCACCAGAAGCAGCUCGUGGUCCUGACCUGGAUCCCGGCAUUGUUCAUCGGCUUUAGCCAGUUCUCGGAUUAUUUCCUCCUGGCGCAGCCCGACGGCACAUGUUUGCAACCUUGGGCGAACGGCAGCCGGUGGACCGCGGCGCCCGACCUGCUCGGCGGCACCGACGACGUGCCGGCGCUUCGGCCGCAGGUCAACGGCACCGGGGCUGAAGACGGCGACGCCGACGGCGGCGGCGGUGGCGCUCUGCCGUGCGCCUGCGAGGAGAGGACACUGGAGCUGCGCACGGGACUUAGCCAGAAUGUGGUUACCAAGUGGAACUUGGUGUGCGACUCGGCCUGGAAGGUCCAUAUCGCCAAAUUUUCAUUGCUCGUGGGCUCAAUAUUUGGCUACCUCGUGAUGGGCGUGAUGGCCGACUGGUUCGGUCGACACCCGGUGUUGAUUCUCUCUGUGCUCUUCAUGCUGGUGUUUGGUUUGAGUGUUGCCUUCUCUGUAAAUGUCACCAUGUUCAGCACCUUGCGCUUCUUUGAGGGUUUCUGCUUGGCGGGCCUCGCUCUCUCUCUCUACGUGCUCAGGGUUGAACUUUGCUUGCCGGCCUGGCGUUUCUCCAUGACCAUGGUGGCCAGUUUCCUGAUGGUCGGAGGGCAGCUACUGAUGCCCGGGGUGGCCGCUUUGUGCCGCAAUUGGCCGGACCGAGAUGACUGGCAGGUCCUGCAGAUUGUAAUCAUCAGUCCUUUCGUGUUGAUGCUGCCCUACGUGUGGAUUUUUCCCGAAUCGUUCCGCUGGCUGUUGACCACCCAGCACUACAGACGCUCAAAAGCGAUGAUGCUGCGCAUCGCAAGAAGGAACCACGUUGACAUGGCGACCGAAGCCAGCGGAGUUCUUUCAGCAGAGCUGGAGCAGGAGCUGCACAAGAAACCCCAGCGGACCUGCGUGGUGAAGAUGAUGAGCACCAGGAACCUGUGGAAAAACAUCGUGGUGCUGUGCGUCAACUCGUUGACGGGCUACGGGAUACACCACUGCUUCGCUCGAAGUAUGAUGGAUCCGGAAGCCCAGCCCACCGCUUUGUGCCACGCGGACUACUACGCCAUGGCCGGCAUCGCCGUGGCGACGUGCAUGGCACUGUGCCCCAUGGUCGGGCUGAUGGGCCGACGCGGAGGCCUCCUGACCUUCAUGAUCAUCACGGCCCUCGCCUCGCUCCUGCAGCUGGGCUUGCUCAAUUUGAUUGGAAAGUACAGCCUUCGUUAUGACACAGUUCUGCGGGACAGUCUGAAGAGGAAAUUCUCUGUGGCCUUCUCCAUCAUUGGCAUGUUCUCGUCUCACGCUGUCAGCACCCUCAGCAUUUUCUUUUGCGCUGAAAUCACACCGACGGUCAUCAGGGGUGGAGGUCUGGGUCUGGUCUUGGCCAGCGCCGGCUUCGGCAUGCUGACGGCGCCCAUCAUGGAGUUGCACAACCAGAAAGGCUACUUCCUGCAUCACGUGAUCUUCGCUUGCUGCACGCUGCUGUGCAUCAUCUGCCUGCUGCUGCUCCCCGAGCCUCGCGGCCAGCCGCUGCCCGAGACCCUGGCCGACGGAGAGACGUUCACCCGCCAAACCUUGCUCCAUCCGGGCGAGCAGCACCUUCUUCUAGCCAAGAGCGACGGGGACUACUCGCGCGUCCACGACACCCCGCUUCACCUGUCCGCCACGGGCGGCGCUACCGUAGCGGCGGCCACCGCUCUGGCGGCGGUACCCGCCUCCUACUCCUUGGCGACCGGCGGCGAGGUGAUUGGCAACCACGCCAUGGCCAAUGGCGUUUGAGCACGAUUGCACUGACUUCCUCGGCGAUGAGCAGGACUGGAAGGCCAUUUUGAACUUGGGAUUCGACCACUUUUGUUAGGAACCAGAUGAUGUCGAUCAAGGUAAAUUUGUCACUUGUCGUAAAAAUUGUCAGUCAAGACUUGCCAAAAUAUUUGACAUGUCUUAUAUUUUUCGAAAGUCUCCCGCGGUGCACUGCUCUCGACUCUGUUCUUUGAGGCUUUUUUUUUCCCAGGUCAGAGGAGCUGAUUAGGGCAAAUGAAGCUUCAAAUUGUUAUUUUGCACUACAAAUAGUGACGGGAAAAUGAAGCUUCAAAGUUGCUUCGGGAACCAGUUGCAUUUUUUGACUCCUAAACUUUUAGAAAUGUGCUAUCAGCUCGAGAUUGAACAGAGAGCGCCACCCGGAGGAGUCAAAAAAUAUAACAACAAAUUUCAAGCUCCGUUUUCCAAUCACUAACUGCAAGUCGAGAGACACAAUCAAGCACCUGUGGUUUUCAGCCAACACCUUGCCAAGAUAGGGAUCGGCUCAACCGCCAUCACUGUUUUGCAUGAACGGGCGCAAAGUCCUACGUGUUAUUUUUCUUAACGGUGGCACUUUAUCCUCCGAGCCCGAGUCAGUGUAGACGCUGAUUUGAAAAGUAAGCAUGACAGUUGGUUGGUGAAGGUGUAUGAUGGUUGCAUGAGCAACCGGAGACCUUGGCGCACACCCAUUAGAGACUGCAGCCAAUGCGAAAAAGACGGGAGCGUUGAAUGGACUUUGAAGUUUUCUUUGAGUAAGUCUGAUGAUGCGUCUCAACACUUGAAAUGGCUUUAUCCGUUUUUUUCUAAUAUUUUGUCAUGCUGCCCAAUUUCACUUGCAAAUGUCCUGUUCCAUGUCUCACGCUGUGUCCCCUUGUACCGUGGUAACAAUGUAGUCCUGCUCCUAUGAGAAACUAGCCCAAAAAAGCACAAUGACAAAAAAAAACAAGGCAAGUUAUGAUUAGAAUAGAGCAGUUUUCCUAAAACAGGGUUGGCUGUUGUUAGAAUACUUUAGUGUUCAUGUUCCAUUCAAGAAUGAUGUGUGGUUCACCUAACGGUUAUUAUCGUCGAAGCACCUUAUAUAGUGACAUGGAAAUAUUUGGUCUCACUACUACAGACAGAAUUGUAGGAUCCAACAUCUUCCUUGUACUUCUUUAGCAUGUAUUGUAUUUUGGAAAGACAACACACAACCCAGCCACCAAAACUGCUUUUUAAGUCUUAUUUUUUAAUGAUGCAUUUCUACCAAAAGCCAUAGGCUUACAUGUUUUGAUAAUAAAAUCACCUAAUUUAUUGUGUCAAUAAAAAAAACAAACAAACA